CAAUUUAUGGGGAAGAACACUGCCUUAACCCUUAUCCUGACGACCCCUCCUCUUUAGUUUGCUCUUGCCCACCGCUGCCGCCUCCGGCUCCGGCUCCGGCGAUCCCCAUCCAUCCCGCGAGCGAGCAGGGCGCCGUCAUUCAUCCUGCUGCAUCCUGAUUAUUUGGGGCCAAUGGAAGAGGAGGAGUACAAUACGGAAUCGUCUAAUGAGGAAGACAUGCAAGAAGAUGAUGGUGAGAAACAAGGAAAUGUUGCCGAGGGUGAUAUCUUCAAGCCGGUUGAUAUAGAUCCCGCGUUUGUACCAAAAGUAGGGAUGGUGUUUGAGUCGGAGGAAGACGCCUUUCAGUUCUAUGUGUCUUACGGCUGCCGCUCUGGUUUUGGUAUCACAAGAAGAUCGAACAAUACCUUCGAUGGUUUCCGCUAUCGCUCUACAUUCAUAUGCUCUAAAGGAGGGCAGUCUAGACUGAGGUCUGGCGCGACGAGAUCCGCAAGAAAACGAGGCACAAAGACUGGAUGCAAGGCUAAGAUGAUUGUUAAGGAUGCUCAUUUUCAAAACCGCUGGGAAGUUAUUGUUCUAGAGUUGGAACAUAACCAUCCGUUGGAUCCUAGCUUACUUAAAUUUAAGAAGCAGCUAAAGAACUCUCCUUUCCUUCAGAAUCCACCUCUUAUGCUUGAAGCACCAGACAGUAGCUCAGCUGCUGCGCUUUCUAGCAGAGGCGGUGAUAGCGGCAUACCUUUGUCUACCCAGAUUGAAUUCAGGACCAAGAUAGAUAGAAAUAGGAAACUGAAGCUUGCUGAAGGUGAUCUAGAUGCCUUAUUGAGUUUUCUCAACAAAAUGCAAGACCAAAAUCCGUACUUCUUUUACAGUUUGGAUAUGAAUGAGCAAGGACAACUAAGGAAUGUAUUUUGGGCUGAUGCCAAAUCACGUUCUUCUUACAAUUACUUUGGUGAUGUUGUUGCUAUUAAUGUCAGAAACUUUAGCGACCAAUAUGAAAUACAGUUUGUGUCAUUUGUGGGCACUAACCACCAUGCUCAGCAAGUAUUACUAGGGUGUGGUCUUCUUGCUGGUAGAUCUCUUGGAGCUUACGUCUGGCUUUUUGAUACAUGGGUAAGAUGUAUGAACAGCACGCCACCACCUUCAGUAAUUACAAACUACUGUCAUGAUGUUGCAAUAGCUGUUAAAAAGGUUUUCCCUAAUGCACGUUACCGCUUUUGCCUUCUCGACAUCUUAAAUGAGCUUCCUGAAAAGUUGGAGGAAACAGAAAAGAAGGAUGAAAUAGUUUCUGCAUUUAGCUCACUAGCCUUUGAUUCCAUUACCAUGCCUGAUUUUGACAAAGAUUGGCAAGAAAUGGUCGAACAAUUUCAUCUAGAGGGAAACGAAUGGUUGUCCAAACUAUUUGAGGUCAGGACACAGUGGGCUCCUGUUUAUGUGAAGGAUUCCUUUUGGGCAGGAAUGUCUAUUACAGAAAGAAGUGAUAGUGCAUCUGACUAUUUUGAUGGCUGGUUGAUGCCAGAUACCUCUGUAAAAAUGUUUGUUGAGCAGUAUGAGUCUGCUGUGAAAGUUAAGUUAGAAAAGGAAAACUAUGAGGAUUUACGGUCAUCUCAGAUGAGGCCACCGGUGAUGACUGGUGUAUCUGUGGAGGAGCAAGCAGCAAAGAUGUACACAUUGGAGAUAUUUCAGAAGUUCUUAGAUGAAAUCGGGCAUUCUUUUCAUUGCAAUUAUAGUAUACUUGACCGGAAUGAAUCAGUGGUUACAUACAUAGUUUCAGAUCACAUUGAUGAAACAAAGAAGGUGGACUACAAAGUUGCUUAUGAUAAUGUCGAAGAUGACAUAUUGUGUCUCUGCCGAUUGUUCCAAUUCAAAGGUAUAUUAUGCAGGCAUGCUCUUACUGUACUGAGGCAGGAGUUUGUACCAAUGAUUCCACCAAAAUACAUCAUCCAUCGCUGGUGCAAGGAUUGUAAACAAACUUGUUCUUCCAUGUCACAGCCUGUAUCAUUAAGUAAUCAGGAAACAGGAGGCUAUGAUGAUCUCUACAAACUCACUCACCAAUAUUUCACAGAAGUAGUGGAAUUUGGUUCUGUGAACUCAGAAUCAAAGGGCUAUGCUUUAUCAAUCAUGAGGGAGAUAAGGGAUAAAGUGAUUUCUUAUGAGAAGUCACUAAGAGAUCAGAGGGUUGAUAGUCAUGUUUCAACCGCAAAUUUUGCAUACAAUCCAGUGAAUGAGGAUUUUAAUGAUGACACUUUGCCCAUUUCUCUUAGUACAAAAGGAUGGGAUGUUGUACAAGGUCAGUCAAAACGUUCCCGCAAGAAGAAACUGGCAACCCCGAAUGUUCUUGACACCUUGAAGAAGAAAACUAAAAGAGCAUAUAACAAGAGAAGGAAUGCCAUGGCAAAUACCUUAAACACGGCAGUCACCACAACCGAAAGCAUAACUGACGCCACAAAUGUGCAGCAUAAUCAAGUUAAUGAGGGAUGGCCAUUGACAUCUACUGGUGCACACGAAACCUUCCCUUAUGGAGUGGAGACUAUUUCAUUCGAUUUGUCUCAAUACAACAGUGCACCUAGCUUCCACUGGCCUGAAAGCAGUAGCAGGUCUCAGCUUCAGUGAGAUGAGGUGAAAAAUGCAAUGGUCCAUGCGUUGAGAAUAUUCUAAGUUUGACAGACUUGCAAGAUGGGCAAAGUUAUUAAUUACCUUGUUUCAUGCUGGAGGGUUCCUGAAUCCUGACCAUCUGAGGAAUGUGAGAAAAGGCUCAACCUGGCGAAAACCAGUAAUAACAACCGGCUUUUAACGGAUUCGGUCUAUAUUGGUUGUCCCCUGAUAUUUUAGAUAUAUGUAAUGGCUGAGAUGUACAUAAUCAUUUCCCCUUUUUCUCAUCCUCAGAUAAAUUGUAGCUUCCACUAGGUAAUGUGUAAUGUUAAUCCUGAUCAUUCACGUGGUCACGUCUUAAAUAAUUAGACUGAAUGUUACUCCUGUAAACCCCAUAGUCAUGGAAUGUACAUUGCUCAGAACUAUGCCCUUCUGCAGACUUGAGUUUUUUCUGGCAACUCCACCAAAGAUGCUGACUUGUUAAUUUGCUGCAAAACUGAAGUCUUUGGAUCUGGCAGAAACUGUUUUUUUUUUUAAAUCUUAAUCUUUUUGUUUCUUCCAGUGACAUGUAAUGUAAGUCCAUUUAACCAGUUCUAUUUCACAAGCUUCCCCAGCUAACCAUGUACUGCAAUAUAUGUAUGCGAUUGUCGAUUUGUAAUGGUAUUAUAUAUUUCUUC